UGCCGCCAGGGUCAAUGUGAUGGUGAAAACACUCACACAUAUUGAAGCAGCUGCGAACUUAACUAUACGAGAUUUGACAUAUGACAUGCUUGCACACAUGGAGAACAAGAUAGCGAGUGUAGAGCAAGAGGUUGAAGUAGUAAAAUCAACUGGGAUGAAGAUAAUGGAUGCAACCAAUGUUUCAUUUUCUGGAUUGGGCUCACUCAUGCAAUCUUUGGGUAUCACCGAUGCAGUUCUCAGUUCAGCAGAGGGUCCAGGGCCAUUAAUUGGAGAUCUAGUCAGGACACUUGAUGGUGACAAGGUGAACGUUGACAGUGCAUAUGCCGACCUUCUGGAUUUCCAGAUCAAAGCUUACCAGGAAAACUGAACCAACUGGAAGAGAUCAGAAGAUGAGCCAGAGAGAAAAAUGGGAAAGACUCUUCGUCGUCAGCAAUAUGUCUAAUUAUGAACUUAAGAACUAUCACUGUAGUGUUACCC